CCAUGAAACUCGCUCUGCCAUCUGAUCAUAAUCUGGAAUCGGUUAAUAUUUCCAAACCAGUAGAUGAGGACAACGGUAGCUUAGAGUGUGGUACUACUAUUAGUUGUCCCGUUAGGUUGUUGAACCUUGAACUAAGUUUUCCUCUUCUUCUCCUCUGUUAACAGCAGAAUUCCCUCCCACCUCCAUCAACCUCAGUAUUAUUGUAGAAAAAUAGAAGAAGAAGAAUACCUCCUCUCCCUUGAACUCCAAUCCCCAGGAACUUGGUGGAAAGAGAAUGGAAGGACGAGUUAGAAGAUAUGGAAACCAAACUAGUCCAGAGAGAACCAAAGUUUGGGUGGAGCCACCACCAAAACACCACCACCAACUCCAACACCACCAGCAGCAGCAGCAGCAGGGUAGAAAGAUCCCGGUGGUGUAUUAUCUUUGCCGGAACCGCCACCUUGAGCACCCCCACUUCAUCGAAGUCCCUGUCUCCUCUCCCGAAGGUCUCUAUCUCAGAGAUGUGAUCAAUAGGCUGAAUUCGCUAAGAGGAAAACGAAUGGCCUCCAUGUAUUCGUGGUCUUGCAAGAGGAGUUACAAGAAUGGAUUCGUGUGGCAUGACCUCUCCGAGGACGAUCUGGUGCUCCCGGCCCAGGGCAACGAGUAUGUCCUCAAGGGCUCCGAGCUCCUGGAUCAUUCCCCUCCAGAUCGUCACCACCGCGGCAUGGGCGACCCAAAGGUGCAGAACCAGAAGCACCCCCAGCAGGAAUCCCCCACCUCUUAUAGAACCCACGAAGCCUCCUCCUCUUCCUCCUCUCCCCCCACUGUGGUCAAGGAGGCAAAACUUUCCCAGUCCCCGCCGCCGCCGCCGCGACUGCCGCCGCACCUCCAAGAAGGCGAGCUGUCCCCCGCCAGGCCGGGCUCCUCCGGGAACCUCUCCCCGGAUCACGGCGGCAGAAUUACCCCCUUGUCGGAGAUGGGCUCCCCGAGCCUCGCCGACUACCGGGUCUACAAGCCCAUUGGAGCUCAGGAUGCUUCCACCCAAACCGAUGACAAUGGAGGAAGGAAGACCCAUGGACCGAAUACCCGCAUCGCCGGCGUCUCCACGGAUGAUGUCUCAUUUGGUGCUGAACUCGAUGGCAUUGGCGGCCACCAUCAUAACCGGAGUCCGCGGUCUAAGGAGAGGUUGGAGAUUGGCAGAGACGAGAUUUCACCGCCCUUAACCUCGUCGACUGUAUCUUCUUUGGGUGGGAAGAUGGAUACAUUGGAGAAUUUGAUAAGGGCUGAGGCAGCUAGCAGGAUAAAAAAUUUUAGGAUAAUUGAAGACGAGGAAGUGCUUGCCCCGAUGAGGGCGAAGCUCAAGGCGACGAAUUUGCUGAUGCAGCUGAUCUCGUGCGGGUCGAUCUCGGUGAAGGGCCACCACCACAGCUUCGGGUUCGUGCCGACAUACCGGCCGAGGUUCACUCAAGCAAACUUCACCUUGCCGAUGUUUUCCAAUCCGAUGGUGCUGGGAGAGCUUGACUGUCGGUCGGACAAUUCAAGGGCGAUGGGGUUGCCGCAGGAAGAGAAGGAGUACUUUGGAGGUAGCUUGAUUGAAGCUAAGAAGCCCAAGGAGGAAUUAGGAGCUUCUUCCUCCGAUGACGACAGGAGUUGGCAGACACCUGAUUCAAAGAGGGACAAAGAAAAUGUAGCAAAUUCAAAACUUUCAAAAUGUCUCCCACGGACAAUCAAAAUCACAUCCAGCAAGCAGUCCAGGAAUGAAACAAUGGCAUCGCCUAUGUCAGAUGCAAGCAAUUCUUCAGCUGGGCCAGACGGCAGCAAAUCCUCUCCUCUCAACUCAUCGAAAGGUGAAAGUAGAAGGAUUACUGAUGCUUCCUCAUUUAAAGGAUCAUCUAUGAGAUUAGAAACUUUCAAAGAACAAAAGGAGAAGGUGAUCAAGAUCGAAGAAAGGCUCAAUUCUGGUGCUCGGGUUAUAAUUCAAUCUAGAUCUCGACGUGAAGAUAGUGAGGAUAGCUCUGGAUCACUAUGAGGAGCCAGUAUUUUUUUAAAUAUAUAUAUCAUAAUUCUUAUUUCUUUGUCUACUGCUCUCUUCACAACUGACCAUGGAAUGGGGUUUGUUUGCAAUUUCUGAGAUAGCUGUAAGUGUCAUUUCAUUCAAUUUAUGACUUAUUUUGAUAGUAUUGAGUCAUUUUCUUCCUACAACCUCGAGUAUUGCCUCAUCAAUUACCUGCCCCCAAGGCAAUGCCACUGUUUCAUUAGUCAUUUCGUUGGUUUUAAGAUUCCUUCCAAGUGUAAAGGUCCUUUAUUUGGCAAUCAAUACACUUCUGUUCAGUUUAAUGGUAAGCUGGAUUCUUUAUUGGCUUUAGUGGCCUACACAAGCUGUAUGUUCAAAGUGUAACUAUAGGUAAAAUUCUUGAAAAAGAUACAUUUUGUACUUUGUCAGGCCACUGGUACCUCUUUAGGCCUUUGAUUGGAACAUAAAUUAAACCUAAAUGCUACUUCAUGA